UUACCCCAAUCCCCAAGUCCGAGGCGAUCGCCUGGGUCCGUUGGAAGAGCGAGGUCCGCAUGGAGCUUGGAAACUAUCCAUCUUCUGGGAGAGGGCUUGCGAAGCUUGCGAGCCUCGCCAUGAAGAUCAAAAGUUGACCUGGAAGCGAGCGAUUUUCCCGCUCUAUCAUAAGUAGGAGAGGUCCCUCGAGCGGAAUACACCGACUAACCAACUUGUCGUUCCCUACUUGAAUUUUUGAAGCCAUCUACAGCAACCACCCAGAAUGCCUAAACCCGCCGAACUCACCACGCUCGGCAUCAGCGCCUUCAAAUCGAUUGCGCUGCAGCCCGCGCUGCCCGCGGCGCUGCUCAUCCUUCUCGACCGCGUACCGAGGGAGAUGCUGGCCCAUUUCAUCGACCCAGCUAAGCUGCACUACUACCUUGGCACGCCCCAGGCGCGCAAUGUGCUCAAGAUCUUCCUGGCCCUGGGUGUCGUGAGGCUGGUGAACCGCUGGCUGAGCGCGGCCGCACUCAACAACUGGAGCUUCAGCACGAGGUCCACGUGGCAUUGGCAGAGCGAGCUCGCCGUCGUCACGGGAGGAUGCAUGGGCAUCGGCAGGAGCAUCGUCGACGGUCUCGUCGCGCGAGGCGUGCAGGUGGCCAUCCUGGACGUGGCGCCUCUGCCCGAGGACCUGGCCAAGAUCUCGACGGUCAAGUACUGGAAGUGUGAUAUCACAGUACCGGACGAGGUCAGGGCGGCGGCGGACGACAUUCGUCGGCGCAUCGGCCAUCCGUCUAUCCUCAUCAACAACGCCGGCAUCGUCAACAGCACUUCCAUCCUCGACACGCCCGACGAAUUCCUGAAGAAGAUCAUGGGCGUCAACCUCAUGAGCCUGUGGUACACGACCAAGGAGUUCAUGCCCAACAUGAUCCUCAAGGAUAAGGGCCACAUUAUCACCGUCGCCAGCAUGGCCUCGUACGUCGCCGUCCCGACCGCCGCGCACUACUCAGCCACCAAGUCGGGCGCGCUCGCGUUCAACGAGGCCCUCAAGGCGGAGAUCAAGCAUAUCCAUCGUGCCGCGGGCGUCUUGACGACGAGUGUGCAUCCCAUGUGGGUCGACACCAACCUGACGGCUCCGUUUGGCGACCGCAUCCGCAAGACUCAGGGGAAGAUGCUGGGGCCGGAGGAUGUUGCCCGUCCCGUGCUCAAGCAGAUUUUUAGCGGAAAGGGGGGACAUGUGUUCGCCCCAGCAGAGACGAGUUGGAUCAGCGUGGUGCGCGGGCUACCUUCCUGGAUGCAGGAGACGUUGAGGGACGUGGCGGGGAAGGAUUCGUCAGCCAUGUACAAGAAUGAGCACUGAGCAGAGAAGACGAGGACAUA